UUAUACUCAUGGUAAUGCUGGCUCUUGUAUCUACAACAUGUGCAAAGAAAACGGAAUACAUUCUAACCCUGAAGACCGACAACAAUCGGGCGCUGCAUAUCAAUUCGCACGGCUGGGUAACGGCCGAGGAUAUAUCGCUAGCACAAUCCCUAACAAUGAACAGUGUUGGCGAUGUACUCAGCGAGGAUUUCAAAAUCACAAUAUAUGCCAAGGAUGUGGACUACUAUUUAUGCUUUGCCCAAGGCAAACUUGUUGGAAAGAGAAACGCCACAAACGAUUGCCACUUCAGAGAGUCAAUGGAACGAGGAUAUUAUCAGUACACGAAUGCCUACAACCCGGUGCUGCGCGUGGGCAUCAAAUCGAACUUUCGUCCGAUUGGGCCUAAGGGGAUGCAGAGUUACAAUCGACGUGCCCGUUUCCUCUUUAAUCGCGUGAAGGCGGAAGAUUUCCACAGUAAGCUGGCCAAUUGGCGAAGCAAGGUGUCAACGACAGCAAUAUCAACAACGUCCACAACAACAACGACGACGACAACAACAACUACAACUACAACAACAACAACAACGCCGAGACCAGUGGCUGCAACAAAACGCGCACGUGGCAAGCCACUGCAUCGCAUGCAGCCAGCAACAACAACAACAGCAAACACAAGUAUUAAUAGCGGUAGUUCUUUUAACCACAACAACAAUAGUCGUAAGUCCCAUAACAACAAGAAAGCAAACGAGGAUGCGCUGCGCGAGCAGAAGAUCAUCAAACGCAACCAGCAACACCAGCGACGUCUGCAGCAUCGCCAGCACCAGCAGCAGAUGCACAGGCAACGACAGCGGCAGCGACAGCAACACAAAGCCGUCGGUGCCAUGGUCAAGCCACAGCCGAAGAACCUGAUGGUGCGUCAUCAUCACAACAAUGCGACGUUGCUGGAGCGUCGACGACGCCGGCGCAUGCAGCGACGGCAGCAGCAGCAGCAGCUCGUGCAGCAGCAGCAGCGUGAACAACGUGAGCAGCGUGAGCAACGUAAGCAACAGUUGCCCUCGCCCACGGCCUCGUCCUCCUCAUCCUCCUCCUACACAGCGACUGCGGCCUCAACAGCGCUGACAGCGACGGCUUCGCUGGCGCCCUCGGCGCUCAACCUGUUCGCCAUGCUGGCGGCGAGUCGGCGUAAGCGCGGACGCCGAAAACGCGCAGCAGCAGCAGCAGCGGCUAGCGCUGGCAACAAUGCGGCAGACAUGGACAUGCAGCUGGUGGAGACGUCUUCCCAACAGCAGCAGCAGCAGCAGCAGCAGGAAAUAAAGCUGCAGCAGACACAGGGUGUGCAGGAGCAACAGCAACAACAACAAAAUGAAUACUCAAAAGCCUAUAUUAAUAGUAAUUUAAACUUAAUACUGAAACAUAAACUAAACGUAGAACUAAAUUUAAAUAGUAAUAGCCCUAAUGUUAAUAAUGCAAUACCUGCCUUGCCAAAAAACUACAACUACUUGUACAGUAACGAGCAUUAUAAUAUGAAUACUAAAAGUAGCACGACUGAUUCUAGUAGUUUAGAAAUUAGCACUAAGUUCUAUAGUCCAAAUAGCCAUAGCAAUAGCCAUAGCCGUAGCCGUAGCCAUAGCCAUAGCCAUAGACAUAGCCAUAGCCAUAGCCAUAGCCAUAGCCAUAGCCAUAGCCGUAGUGAGGGAGGCGUUCUUCAAUUCAAAUUCAAUGAUACCAUUGACAAUAAUCUUAAGCAGUUGAUAAAUGAUCGAAUUGAUAGCAACGGCAGCAGAGGCAGCAGCGCAGCUGCACCAACUGUUGCAGCAACAAAUGUUGUUGCGCCCAAUCGCAAUCAUAUUGUUGAGCAUACUAUAUGCGCCGAUAGCCAUAGCAACAACGACAGCAACAGCAACAGCAACAGCAACAGCAAUGGCAGCCCGAAAGCAGAGAACUACUUUAUGGCUCUAGAAUUGCAGCAGCAGCAACAGGAAGAGGCACAGCAGCAGCAGCAACAGCAACAACCUAAUAUUAAUUAUGAUGAUGCUAAUAUUAAUGUUGUUGACGAUAGUCGCAAUGAUAACAAUGCGGCGCUGCAGCCCAAUGAUAACCAUAAUAGUAAUUAUAAUGAGCAAUUUGCGAAUGACGAUGAAACGAUACGAAUUCAAAAUAAAUAUGAAACACAUGUAGUACAAUACAAACCUGCAGUAUUCAUUUACACGGGCUAG